AUGCCACUCGUCACGCGAAAAGGUGUGUUUCCGUACGAGUAUACCGACGAAUGGUCGAAGCUCGAGGAGACCGCCCUACCUCCGAAACAUGACUUCUACAGCGUGCUACUCGAAAAGCAUGUAAGUGAUGAGGACUACGUACACGCGAUGGAGGUGUGGCGUCACUUCAAGUGCCCAACCCUCGGUGACUACAGCGACCUAUACCUGAAGGUGGACGUUCUCCUUCUGGCCGACGUCAUGGAGAACUUCCGCGACCUAUGCAUGUCAACGUACAACCUCGACCCCGUGUAUUAUUAUACGGCGCCGGGGUUUACGUUCGAUGCCAUGUUGAGGUAUACGGACGUCUCACUGGAGUUACUCACUGAUUACGAUAUGAUACUCUUUAUGGAACAGGGGAUUAGAGGGGGGUUGGUCCAGGCCAGUGAACGGUACUGUCGGGCAAACAACCCCAAGACACCGGGAUACGAUGCUGAGAAGCCGUCGUCUUGGCUCGUCUACCAGGAUUGUAACAACUUGUACGGGUACGCCAUGGGAGAGUACAUGCCCUACGGUGGGUUCAAGUGGUACGAGGGGGAUUUGGAUCGCUCUCUAGAGCUGUUGGACGGUAUGACUGACAAAUCCGACGUUGGGCGUAUCUACGAGAUCGAUAUCGCUUACCCCGAUAACCUGCAUGACGCGCACAACGAUCUCCCCUUCUUACCACGGAAUGCCGUGCCACCGGGCUCAAAAGUGAACAAAUUAAUGGUUACGCUUGAACGUAAAGAGCGAUAUAUUGUUCACUAUAGGAAUUUAAAGCAGGCCAUUGCUAAUGGACUGACGGUGGAAAAAGUACACAGGGUGCUGGAAUUCCGACAGUCGGCGUGGCUUGCCGAAUACAUAAAUUUAAAUACGAGUAUGAGGAAGAAGGCCUGCAAUGCAUUUGAACGUGAUUUCUUCAAACUACUCAAUAACGCGGUGUUUGGGAAAACUAUGGAGUGCGUUCGGAACCGCAUUUCCAUGGAAUUGGUUUCGUGUCCACGUCGAAUGCGGAAACUUGUAAAUAAACCAACAUUCAAACACGUGACCACGUACACCGAGAAUCUAGCCGCCGUAUCAUUGCAAAAGAGUGAGGUACAUUUCUCCAAGCCUAUUUACGUAGGGUUCGCCGUCCUGGAAAUAAGCAAAGAGUUAAUGUACGACUAUCAUUACAACGUGAUGCGGCGGCAUUACAACGAUUCGAUUAGACUGUUGUAUAUGGAUACAGAUUCCCUGGUGUAUCGAGUGAACACGGAGGACUUUUACAAGGACCUGGUGGACAACCCCGCACUCCUCGAACGUAUGGACACCUCGAAUCUCCCCGUCACCCACCCCUGCUACGUCGGUACGCGUAAGAAAAUACCGGGAUUGUUCAAGGACGAAACGGCUGGACGUACUAUGUAUGAGUUCAUCGCACUCCGCGCGAAAUCUUACGCGUACAAAAUCGAGGGGGAUGAAAAAGUUGUUGCUAAGGGGAUUCGAGGACAUGUAGUCCGAAAUCACAUGACGUUCGAGGACCACAAGCGUUGUCUGUUCGAGGACGACGGCGCUGGUGACGGUAACGAGAGCGAGGAGGAAAACGUUUCGAUCCGAUCGUUCGAACACCGCGUCAAAACGAUUAAGACCAUGAAAAUGACCCUUAAUCGUUUUGACGAUAAACGUGUUGUUGACGAAGAUCGAAUCCGUACGCGCGCGUACGGCCAUUACACGCUACGCGCGUGA